AUGGGCUCUCUCCCCGUGUCGGCGCCGUCGCGGCUCUUUGAGCCCCUCAAGGUCGGCCACCUCACGCUGCAGCACCGGCUGGUGAUGGCGCCGCUGACGCGGUACCGGGCUGACGACUCGCACACGAUCCUGCCCAUGGCGGCGACGUACUACGCGCAGCGGUCGUGCGUGCCGGGGACGCUGCUCAUCUCCGAGGCGACCUUCAUCUCGCAGCGGGCGGGCGGCUACGACAACGUCCCGGGGAUCUACACGCCCGAGCAGAUCGCGGCGUGGAAGCGCGUCACCGACGCCGUCCACGCAAAGGGCUCCCACAUCUACCUGCAGCUGUGGGCGCUGGGCCGCACGGCGAACCCGACGUCCGCGGCCGCGCAGGGGAUUGAGAUCGUAUCGUCGUCUCCCACCCCGCUCAGUAGCGAGGCUCCCGUGCCGCGCGAGCUGCGCGCCGACGAGAUCCGCGGCUUCGUCGACGACUACGCGCAGGCGGCGCGCAACGCGGUCGAGGGCGCCGGGUUCGACGGGGUCGAGAUCCACGCCGCCAACGGCUACCUGAUCGACCAGUUCACGCAGGACGUGUGCAACACGCGCACCGACGAGUACGGGGGCAGCGUGGAGAAGCGGUCGCGGUUCGGGCUGGAGGUGGCGCGCGCCGUGGUCGCCGCCGUGGGCGCCCACCGCACGGGCAUCCGCCUCAGCCCCUUCAGCCCCUUCAACGGCAUGAAGAUGCGCGACCCCCUCCCGCAGUUCACCCACUUCAUGGAGGGGCUCAAGCCGCUCAACCUCGCCUACAUGCACCUGGUCGAGUCGCGCAUCUCGGGCAACGCCGAUGUCGAGGCCACCGAGAAGAUCGACCCCCUGAUCGCCACCUGGGCCGACGUCUCCCCCGUCCUGAUCGCCGGCGGCUUCACCUCGGCCAGCGCCCGCCGCGCCGUCGACGAGGAAUACAAGGACCGCGACGUCGCCAUUGUCUUCGGCCGCUACUUCAUAUCCACCCCCGACCUGGUCUUCCGAAUCGCAAACAACAUUGACUUGACAAAGUACAACCGAGGCACCUUCUACACCCCCAAAUCCGAAGUAGGCUACAUUGACUAUCCUUUCAGCAAAGAGUUUGAAGCUGCCAGUACAAAGCUCUAG